AUGUUGGAUUGCGAAGCCAGUGGUUCCACGCCAGCAACACUCGCUGAGUUCACACUGGCCGGUGGUUUGCAUGGGAAGCAGACUUUCUACGACCUCUCUUUGGUUGAUGGCUAUAAUCUCCCGAUGGGUGUCAACUACAUACCUGCCAAGAACACAACAUUCAUCCCGCCGAAUCUGACCAACUGCGCCUGCAUUGCGACACCUAGUUGGAUCUACGCCAGCAGCCAGACGGGAACAUAUUACACAAACUCAUCUUACCCUGUUCCCCUUGAAACUCGAGUCAGCAGCGACAAUGCCCGAAGCUGGUGCCCAUGGAAAUAUCUUGCUUUUCCACCCACUAAGCCUGGGGAUGGCGUCUAUCCUUAUCCAGACGACGACAUUCAACGGCCAGAGUUCUCCCCCUGUAACAGCGCAUGCGCUGCGUACGGAACCGAUGAGGACUGCUGUGUAGGGAAGUACCACGACCCAGAUGUCUGCAAGCCAUCUGCCUACAGCAAGAGAGCCAAGAUUAUAUGCCCCGAUGCAUAUAGUUUUGCUUAUGACGACCAGAAGUCCACGUUCAUUAUUCCUAACGGCGGAGGCUGGGAGGUAAUCAUGUGCCCCAAGGGUCGCUCAACUAACAUCCUGCGACAACUUGGGGAUGAAAUGAACGAGCUCGCCCAAUCCGGCACCCUAUCGGAGGUGACACAGAAAAAGCUGAGGGACGUCAGUUAUAUCGUAGCUGAGAGGAGCCUCGCAAACCAUGUGCCACCUAUCCAAGUCAUGAUGGGUUCUACAGCGUUGGCGACUGCAAUUUGGUUACUCGUAUAA